AUGGCUCCUCCAAAGGCUGCAGCUGCUGCAACCCCCACUGCUACCCUUAUUUUUAUCCUCUUCUUCGCGACGGCGAGCGGUUCGAGAGAUAUUGCUCAUACCUACAAUACUCAAGAUGCCGCGGUGGACGCGUCGUGCCCUCAGGACAGCAUCAAGUUUGGGGUAUGCGGCGGACUGUUGGAUGACUUGUUGCACUUUGCGGUGGGAAACCCCCCGUCCGGCCCUUGCUGCUCCGUCCUCGAGGGACUCGCGGAUUUCGAAGCCGCCAUUUGCCUCUGUACUGCCUUUCAAGCCAACGUUCUUGGCGUCGAUGUAGACAUUCCCAUUUCCUUGAACUUGCUCCUGAAUUACUGUGGGAGGAAUGCACCAGUAGAUUUCCAAUGCGCCUAG